GUCAAUGUCAACUGCCAAAACCAAAAGUGCAUCUGGAACUGGCGGAGCCAAGCGAAAGUCAGCUGGCACAACCGGCAAGCCAGAAUUGACUGAAGAACAGAAACAAGAGAUCCGAGAAGCCUUUGAUCUUUUCGAUACAGAAGGCAGUGGCACAAUUGACGCCAAAGAAUUAAAAGUAGCUCUGCGAGCUCUAGGUUUUGAACCAAAGAAAGAAGAGAUCAAACGAAUGACUCAAGAACUGGACAUAGAUUCAUCUGGAAAGAUUGAUUACAGGAGUUUUCUGGACCUGAUGACUCAAAAAAUGACAGAAAAGGAUCCGAAGGAAGAGAUCUUGAAGGCAUUCAGACUGUUCGAUGAUGAUAACACGGGUAAGAUUUCGUUCAAGAAUCUGAAACGGGUGGCUAAAGAACUUGGAGAGGAAUUGACAGACGAAGAGCUGCAGGAGAUGAUAGAAGAGGCAGACAGAGACAAUGAUGGAGAGAUAAGCGAAGCUGAGUUCCUGCGGAUCAUGAAGAAAACUAGUCUGUACUAACCUAGUUGUGGAAUGAUAAGAUGUAGAUUCAAACACUGCUAACGAAAGAACGGCCCUUGAAUGAUUUAGUAACAAAGUGAAGCUAAGAUCUGAGUCAUAAUAAAGCGAAAAUCAGGCUGCGUAUUUUGAAAUAUCUCAGUAUUAGCAGUUCAAAAUUUAAAUCCGAAAUUGUUAUUUUAAAUACGUACUCUCAGGCUAAUGCCAAAUUGCUUCCCUUUACUUAAUGUGUUCAAUGUUGAAUAACUGUGCGCACUGCCGUUCAAUAGAGUGUCGAUUAAAUCUCAUGGAAAUCUUGAUGUGUUAUGUUAAGGAGUAGCAAUAUCAGCUAGCUAACAUAAAAAGGUCACAAUUUAAAUGUCACGAAUUUUUACCCUUGCGAUAAUUAAGGGUAUUGCCACCAGUUACUAGACUUUUUUGCUCGUAAAUAACUUUGUUCGCAGAAUUCGCACGUGAUAAUAUUACACGUGUUUUCUUUGCUUCAUUAUAAGUUCAAAUUCAAGGAGCAUUCUGCGCAAUUGACACCCAUGAUUGGGACGACUAAGCAUGGGUGUUGGAUUCCAGUAGGGACCUGUCUUCUGCUGGCUGAACAUUUUCGGCUAUUUUAGACUAUAGUCUGUCUGCUUUGUUUGUCGGCUUUAAAGUUUCUUAUAAUGCGUAGGUAAUUUUUAAAAGAUUUUUUAUUUGCUUUUAAUCAUAGUCAUUCAUUCUUGUAUCGCAAGUGGUACGAAGCUCCGCUUCUGCUGUUUGGAAAAAUUAUUUUUGACUUCGGUUUUAAUGAUAUUGCUUGUGUACUAAAAUAAGUUUUUCCAAAACAAUUUUGUGAAGCUUAAGCAUGACUUAAAUCAAGCCACAACAAUUAGUUCUAAAAUCUUGUCGAUUCGUGAUUUUACCUCUUGUUUUGUAAAUCUAUGUACGAUAUGUAGAUAUGCUGAGAUUUAUAUUAGUAAUUGAAUGUGCUCUUUUUUG